AUGGCGACCUCUCCUCCAGCACCCUUUCCAGCGAGCCUCCCCUCCAAAAAGAGGGCAUCUAUGGGCACUCCAGGAUUGACACAAGGGGCGUCCAAAAAACCCAAACUACAUCCUCUGCGACAAACCUCGUUUCCUGCGCAAGACCUUAGCGGACGCGGAUCGGCGGCCACAAGUGCGCGUUCCGAGACUGGAAGCCUAGUAUCAGGUGUGAGCAGCAAGGUCACCGGCCGGGGUAGGGGUAGACCUAGAAAGUCGGCGCAACUAAACGACGAGGAUGUUCGUUCAUCGCUGCAAGCUCCUACAGACACGGGCAGCCAGGCUGAUGGAGGGGGAAGAAACGCCGGCCGCGGCACAAAGUCGGUGGUUAGCGCAAGAUCGGGGGCAGCAGAGGUCGAGGAGGAUGAUGAGGGCGACAUUGAUGGUAUGCUCGAGAAUAUGGAUGAGCAGGAAAGGCGGCAGGCCGAGGAAGAAGAGCUGAGACAAGAACAACGUCGGGAUCGGCUAGCGGACCAGCUGGACCCGGACCAAUAUUCCCGAUACAACCAGUGGCGAGCCCUAUCGUUGAAUAACAGCACGGUGAAGCGACUCGUCAAUUCUAUCGUGUCGCAGUCGGUCACCUCGGCUCCGCUGCAGGCGAUCAGGAUCUAUGGCAAAUAUUUUGUGGGCGAGAUCGUGGAAAGGGCCCGUGAGGUGCAAGUUGAAUGGGCUAAAGCUUACGAUGUCACCCGGGAGGAAGACAGGCGGCGGCGUCAAAAGGAACUCGAGCGCCUCGAAGAAAAACAGAAGCAAGGCGACAACACGGAUUUGCAGGCUCGUUUGAUUGCCAGGGACAUUGAGAGGCUGAAGCGGGAAAUCAAAGACUACAUCCCCAACCCACACCGGGGUGGGUUGUUGCCAGAUCAUCUACGGGAAGCUCUCAGAAGAUACAAGGCUGACGGUGAAGGCGGCGGCGUCGGCUUUGAAGGCUUGAGUCACGGACUGCUAGGUGUUCAGGGGUCGGCAGCAUGGCGUGUGGGCGACGGUGCUUCUGGUAGACGACUUCUUAGGUGA